UAUCGACCGAUUCAGAUUUUCUGGAAACGGUAAAUGAUCUAUAGCAAUCUUAACAACAGGUGCAGAUCCUCGGUUGAUGAUUUCGAUGUGAGAAGUCGACACUUGUUGUUGCGAGGCAAUUAAAUCACAAGUCCUCGACUGCAGCUCUCAUGCUGUUGGUCGCUCUGAAGAAAGACGUCAACAUGAAAGCUGCCCUGUUUUGCCUGUCGCUGCUGCAGUUAUGGACGAGUACAAACGGUGAAAUUUCAACUCAUGAAUACCAGCGCUACACAGAUAGCUCGGAGAUCACGGGCACCAGUAUUGCGAAAACAACGGCCCGUUCUUUGGUCAGGUGCACCACGCUGUGCGCGCAACACGAGGAGGACGAUGAACGUUGUCAUGCGGCUCGUUAUCACGGAGAGACACGUGCCUGUGAACUGAUAUCUCGCAGUAGCACGGGCACAGAACGAUGGCUUAAUGAUGGCUCGUGGACAAUUGUAGCGAGUCAGUUUCAGGACGCAGAAGUGUGUGGAGAUGGAUGGCAUUGCAACGAAGGCUCUUCGUACUUUGUGUCAGAUGAGCCUUCGGACUGGUUCACCGCCCGGGACAGGUGCAUGGACGUGGGAGCGACUCUGGCCUCGAUCAAAGACCAAACCGAAAAUACGUAUUUGAAAGACCUGCUAAAAACGUAUGGCUCAAACUUUUACUGGCUAGGGGGGAGCAGAGCAAGCCCGAAGAAUCCGUGGCUCUGGGAGACGGGGGAGGCGUGGGGCUACGAGGACUGGGAAUAUCUUAAAACUUACCUUUGCAUGGGCAUCUGGGUAAUAUCUUACAACGGGUGGCAUGACUGGGAUUGCAUGCACGCAUAUCGGUACGUGUGCGAGAAAAUAGCCUGAAAGUUGAAACUGAAAUAAAUAUGAACGUCAAGUAUGAAUAAAAUUAGUAUACGUUCAUUUCUCUAGAACAUAUAUACGGUUCAAUAGAGUUUGAGUUUGGUAGUUUAUUAAAGUCUCAUCAAUUCAACUUAUCUCGGACUUGGUGUAAGAUGGUUGUUACUAAAUAUAGCAAUAGAAGGCGUCACAGCAGUCUUGUGAUAAACAUGCGAUAUAAGUCGAAACUCGCUAUGUCGAACUAUGUUAUAUCGAUGAUCUGGUUAUGUCGAACUUUUUUAAAAUGUGUUGGGUUAAGUUAAACAUUUUUUUUUUAAAUUUCGGUUUGCUCGAUUGUUCUUUAUCUCGAAGCAUAUACGUUGUCCCAGUGACUUCGACAUAUCGAGUUUUGACUGUAUACAUUUCAUGAUAUUAUAACAUUAUGAAUUGCCGGUCAAAGAAUGAGUUGCAGGAGACUAUAGUUACAAAACAAAACUAUUUCAUCAAAUGAAUGAUAUACAUACAACAUAAAGUAAUGCUCUUAUAUUGUGAUACACAAUAAGAUUACUAGAAACGAAGGCUAAUCUUGGUAUAAAAUAAAUAAAACAAGAAAAAUUAGAGUAUUAGAAAUAAAGUGCACUGUUAUGCAUUAUUAAAACAUUCAUGACAAAUGAACUUUUUGGUUUACAUAAAGAAGCUAAACGUCAAAAAUUAAAAUACAUUGCUUAUAUAACUCAAACGGAUAUAUAACAAUCAUUGUGGAGCCUUAUA